CGUGUACAUAUUCAAUGUAGUGGAAUGUAGGAUGUAUGUAUAACAUUGGUUUUUUUUCAAACGCUUUACAACACGUCCCGCAGCAGUAUUUAGAUACAAGUUUAAAUACAACACAUUACACUAGUCUGUUAAAAUAACCAGCUGCGCAAGUAUAAGUAUCCGAGUACAGUACUCGGCGUGUAUAUGCUUGUUUAAGUCGGCUUUUUUAAGUCGUGGAAUGGCUGCGUGUGCUUCCUACAACCCCUUAACAGUGUGCAUCAUAACACCCUGGGAAAGCUAGCAGGGGAACCGUGGUCAUAAACUAUUAUAACCAUCAAACUCAGAAUUAGAUAAGACUAAAAUACGGCCAUAUAUUCCUUAUUUCAUAUAGUGUUUAACGAAUAGAUAGACACCCAUCGCAACUUCACAUAACUUUUAACAUGGGCAACGACAAUACUGCGAAGGAUGUGGUGGUGGAGGGCGUAGUUUCCGACUUUUUCGAAGGCGCGGAGAAGCUACUUGAAUUGUGGUUUGAGCCCUCAGAAACAGGACAAUCACUGCGGUUGAUAAAACGGGAGGAUAUAGAUGAGUUUUUGCGUGUGGCGGGUUGCUGCGUUGUCGCGCAGUGCUCCAACGAGAAGUGGGAUUCCUAUGUCCUGAGUGAGAGCAGCCUCUUUAUCAGCGAUGACAUGUUUCUGCUCAAAACCUGCGGCACCACAACACUUCUGGCGGCUAUUCCUAACAUGAUUUCGCUGGCGAAGGAUCUCGGGCGCAAUAACGUUGAUGAUGUUUUCUACUCUCGUAAUCAAUUCAUGGAGCCGGAACAGCAACCCGCACCGCAUGUGAGCUUCGAAGAAGAGGUGAAGUUCCUGGACUCUCUGUUUGACGGCGCUGCGUACCAACUGGGGCGGCUCAACGGAGAUUCCUGGUACCUAUAUAUGUUGGAUCACCCAGAUGGCUCGAUUGAGAAACCGGAUCAGACCAUGGAAAUUUUGAUGAUGGAUUUGGACCAGGAAGCCAUGAAGGCCUUCCAUGUAUCGCCUGAGUACCCCACAACCGAAGUGGUGACCAAAAAGUCAGGGAUUGCCGACUUCUUACCCGGAGCCAUGACAUCCGGGGCAUUGUUUAAUCCAUGUGGAUACAGUGUCAAUGGAUUGCUGGGGGAUGCUUACUUCACAAUACACGUUACACCCCAGGAAGGGUUCUCAUACGCGAGUUUCGAGACCAAUUACUUGGCCGAGGAUUACACAGAGCUGAUCCAAAAGGUACUGAAGACCUUUUGCCCCGGCAAGUUUGUUAUGACGGUCUUUGCCAAUCCCCAGGCCACGUGCACGCACUCAGCCAAGGCCUACGACGCCGAAGAACUGACAGGCUACAAUCGCACCGAGCGCCAAGAGUAUCAGUUCAACAAAUACAAUUUAAGUUAUGGCCACUUUUCACGAGAUUUGGCCACAUCGACUGAGGAUGUGUCUAGAGCUAGUGCGACAGCGGAUCAUUGCAGAUAGCAGUAUGGCCCAUGUCGCGAUAAAAUAAAUAAUUGUGUACGAAUUCACGUUCCGAUCCUGA